AUGCGCUUUCCUCUGCCCACGCGGGGGCACACGCUUCGCAGCUAUGCCACGGCAUCGCGGUCUCGGCUUGGCGCGACGCUGAGUUUGGAGCAUUUCCUCCAGCGCGCUCGAGUCCUGUCGCUGUACCGAAUCAUCGUCCGAGGUACGCGCCGGAUCCAAGACCCCACGACACGGGCCGAGACGAUGAGGUUCGCGCGCGAAGAGUUUGAGCGGCACCGCAACGUCACAGACAUUAGUCACAUACGAUACCUGAUAUCGCGGGGCAAGGCCGAGUGGGAGGGCAUGGAGAGGUAUAUUGACGGCCUGUAA